CAAACCUUUCCCCUUUCCAAACGGAACUUGAAAGAACGCAAAACCCUCAUAAUCCUAGCUCACUCUCUCUGAAACCAGAGGAAAAAAUGACGGAUGCUUCAAGGCAACGGAACGGCGACGGUGACGGAGACCAUAGGUCUGGUAACCGGAAGAGAAAAAGCAGUAGUUUCCUCGAUUUAUUCAACGGUGAAUGUGAAGUUGAGGAGAACGGGCCUUCUAGCGACGUUGAGUUCCAGAUAAAGAUCAAAACUGCCACUGGAAAGAUCAUAUCCCUUAAAGUCAAAGACUCGGACACCAUCGGCAGCAUCAAACUCAAGAUCCAGACUAAGGAACGUAUUCCAUUUCACCAGCAGGAACUGAUCUUUAAGGGAAGGGUUGUUGAGGACAUCAAUACUCUUGCCGACGUGCGCGUCAAGAAGGAUUCCGCCCUCACACUUGCACGUAAAUCAAGCGCUUUCAUGAAUAUAUCCAUCAAGAAUGUUGAAGGAACGGUAACAUAUUCUCUUGAGGUCAAGCCCACCGAUACCAUUGCCUCGGUGAAAGAAAAGAUCAAAAUGAAGGAAGGUAUUUCUGUUGAUGAGCAGGUGCUGAUCUUCAACAAAAUGGUUCUCGGGAACAGCGUCACCCUUUUCGACUUCCAUAUCAACAGUAAAUCAACCCUCACACUGAUACGAAAGUCAAGGGGAUUCAUGAAGAUAUUCAUCAAGACCCACACCGGAGAGACUCUUAUUCCGGAAGUCAAACCCUCAUACACCAUCGGCAGUAUAAAAGCCAAGAUCCAGAAUAAGGUACUUAUUCCGUGUGACAAGCAGGAGUUAAUCUUCAACGAAAUGGUUCUCCAUGACAUCAAUACCCUUGCUGACUAUAACAUCAAAGGGGAAUCCACACUCACACUAACACGUUUAUCAAGUGGAUUCAUGCAGAUAUUGAUCAAGCCUCUCAGUGGAAUUGCUUUUACUCUGGAUGUCAAACCCUCUGAGACCAUAUACAACAUAAAAGCCAAGAUCCACGAUAAGGUACAUUGUCACAAAAUAAACAUUCCAUGUGAUGAGCAAGAGUUGAUCUUCAACGAAAUGGUUCUCCACAACAAUGAUACCCUUGCUGACUAUAACAUCAAGAGGGAAUCCACACUCAUACUUGUGGCUAUAUCAAGGGGAGUCAUGCAAAUAUUCAUUAAUCUCUCCACUGGAAAGACCAUUACUCUAGAAGUCAAACCCUCAGACACCAUCCAUAAUGUGAAAGCCAAGAUCUUUGAUAAGGAAACUCAUCUUCCAAGCGAUCUGAGACUGAACUAUAACGGAAAGUUUCUCGCGGAUGCCCCUACCCUUGCUGACUAUAAUAUCAAGAGGGAAUCCACACUCACAGCUGUGCAUGGAGUCAUGCAAAUAUUCAUUAAAAUCCGCACCGGAAACACAAUUACUCUAGAAGUCAAACCCUCAGACACCAUCCACAACGUGAAAGCCAAGAUCUUUGAUAAGAAAACUCAUCUUCCAAGCGAUCUGAGACUGAGCUAUAACGGAAAGUUUCUCGUAGACUGCCAUACCCUUGCUGACUAUAAUAUCAAGAGGGAAUCCACACUCACAGUUGUGCAUGGAUUCAUGCAAAUAUUCAUUAAGAUCCGCACCGGAAACACCAUCACUCUAGAAGUUGGACCCUCGGAAACCAUCCACAAUUUGAAAGCGAAGAUCCAUGACAAGGAAGCUCAUCUCCCAUGCGAUCUGAGACUGCACUAUAAUGGAAUGUAUCUCGAGGAUAGCGGUACCCUUGCUGACUACCACAUCUACAAGGAAUCAACAGUCCAUGUUAUUGCACCUGUGCCUUUCUCAAUGGAAUCCAUGCCUAUAUUCAUCGAGACCCCCACUGAAAAAAUCAUUACCCUAGAUGUCUAUCACUAUGAAACCAUCGGCAAUGUAAAAUCCAAGAUUGAGGAGAAGGAAAGUAUUCCCCGAUGCCAGCAGGUACUGGUUUGGAAUGGCAAGAUACUGAUGGAUGCCAUCACCAUUGCUUACUAUGGCAUCCCGGAGGAAUCAACCCUCUUUCUAAAUAUAGAAGGGGAUGAAUGAUGAAUGUGUUAGAUUAGAGCUGCAUAUCUUAAGAUCCAUUAUUAUAGUAAAAGACGAUGUGU